UCCUCUCUCCACCUUACUCCACCCCUUUGUAGUUUUGUUUCUCUCACACACAGCAGGAAGUUACUCUUCUGCUUUUUCUGGCUAUGCGGUUUCUGCCUCUGCUGCAGCGACUGCGUCAAACUCGCCUCUCCUUCCUGUAACACCCGUGCCCUGCCUGCCUGUGCUGAGCUCAUUGUAGGAACUAUGAACAGUUAAUUAGUAAAAACAACAUCUCGCUUCUACAAGGCGGCACUUUCCAGGUUUCAAGUUGGUCCGAUUUUUUCCCCUUCUCCUAGUAACACCUGUUAUCCAGCAGAGAGUGAGGACAGUGGAAGAGAUACGGGAUUGGGAGGAAAGAUGUUGCUCCAUCAAAGAUCCUCACCUCGGGACCAAGACAAUUGCGGUAGGCCAGUGGCUGUUCCAUCCACCUGCCUAAUCUCCUAGAGACGUUGAAGGACCAAGGACUCCAAGACCUGUUUUUAUUCACCUUCUCUUUUCUUUUUUUGGAACUACAUUGGAACUAACUAGCUACUUUUUCUCAGUGUGGACAGGUUUGCAGACAUCUGAGUUGGAGUCUGUUUUCGAGUCAGGCCUAAUAGCACAUCCAGUUAAAAGAGAGUGUUUUUUUUAAACCUUUCCCCUGGAUUACCUGUUCAGGUUGGUGAUGGGGAAUGCGGCGGGGGGAAUAGAGCAGGCAGAUGGCAGGGAGGCCAAGCACUCUGUGGGGUCAGGAACGGGCCUGAGUGACCCCACCCCUACGCUGCAGAAGAAGCAGCCUGCUCCCCCCAAGCUGCCCGUGCCUCCAGAGGACGAGCUGGAGGAGCGCUUCAGUGUGGUUCUGAGCUAUAUGAACUUGCCUCCAGACAAGCUGAAGCUGUUGAGUCAGUAUGACAAUGACAAGAAGUGGGAGCUGAUCUGUGAUCAGGAGCGGUUCCAGGUGAAGAACCCUCCUUCUACCUAUCUGACCAAGAUCAAGAGCUUCUAUCAGGACCAAGGAGGAGUGACCCGCAGGUUCAAGAGGCGGGUCCAGGAGUCCACCCAGGUAUUGAGAGAGCUGGAGAUCUCCCUCCGCACUAAUCAUAUUGGCUGGGCCCAGGAGUUUCUGAAUGAGGAGAACCAUGGUUUGGAUGUAUUGGUGGAUUACCUGUCCUACGCCCAGUGUGACGCUUCGUUUGACCUGGAGGGUGCUGAGAAUGGGGGGAUACUGUCAGAGAGAGGGAAGCCAGCGGAGAGGUCCAUGGAGGACCUGAAUAAGAGUGCAGGAAGCUCCCCUACACACGGCAUGACCAGAGCAGCCCGCGCCCUGACCGUACGAAUAACCUCUCUGGCCCAGAGUAGGAAAACUCAGAAGAUCUCUCGAUUGGCCAGUCAGAGGGACGACGUCCAUGUGUGCAUCAUGUGUCUGCGUGCCAUCAUGAACUACCAGUCGGGCUUCAACCAAGUUAUGACUCACCCACGCUGCGUCAACGAGAUCACCCUCAGUCUCAACAACAAGAACCCCAGAACCAAAGCCCUGGUGUUGGAGCUGUUGGCUGCUGUGUGUCUUGUGAGGGGCGGUCAUGACAUCAUUCUCGCCGCCUUCGACAACCUCAAGGAGGUGAGCGGAGAGAAGAACCGUUUUGAGAAACUGAUGGAGUACUUUAGCAACGAUGACAGCAACAUUGACUUCAUGGUGGCCUGCAUGCAGUUCAUUAACAUUGUGGUGCAUUCGGUGGAGAAUAUGAACUUCCGUGUGCACCUGCAAUAUGAGUUCACUCACCACGGACUGGACCAGUACCUAGAGUCUCUGAAGCUGACGGAGAGUGAGAAGCUGCAGGUUCAGAUUCAGGCCUACCUGGACAACGUGUUUGAUGUGGGGGCUCUGCUGGAGGAUGCAGAGAACAGGGGUGGGGUGCUGGAGCAUGUGGACGAACUGCAGGAGCACAACUCACAGCUGAGUGCCAGGCUAGAGGAGAUUGAGAGCCAGUCUGCAGAGAGGAUGGCUGAACUGGAGAAACAGCUCCUCCAAGUCACCAAGGAGACAGAGCUGCUCAAGGAGAGCCUGCGGGACUCCUGUUCCCAGGUCAGUUCUCUGCAGCAAAGAGAGAGGGAAAGGGAGAUGAGCCAGGAGAGGGAGCGGGACAGAGAGCGUCUAAGCCAGCCCUCCUCUGAGCUAGAACUCAAGGUGCAGGAGCUGCAGGAGCGAGGGCUGAUCCGCCUGGGACGCACCCCCUCUGGGGCCCUAGACCUCCAGGUGGUGCCUGUCACCAUCAUCGAGUAUGCACCCGCCCCAGCCUCUGAGCCCCGGCUCAGCUCCACGGGACCCACUGCCCCUGGCCCAGACGUCCCCGAUGCCACUCCCUCCUCAGCCAUCUCUGCUGUUCCCCCUCCUCCUCCCCCCCCGCCUCCUGGGCCUGGUGGACCUGCUCCCCCACCCCCUCCACCUCCUCCUCCUCCCCCGCCUGGCUCCGGUGGCCCACCUCCCCCUCCUCCUCCCCCUCCUCCCGGGGGAGGUCCGCCCCCACCUCCUCCUCCACCCGGCGCAGGACCUCCGCCCCCACCCGGAGGCCCACCUUCUGGAGACAGCCAAGCCGGAGGUAAAAGCAGGAAACCCAUCCAGACUAAGUUCCGGAUGCCUUUGCUCAACUGGCAGGCACUGAAGCCCAACCAGGUGACUGGCACGGUCUUCCACGAGUUGAACGACGAGCAGGUCUUAGGGGAGCUGAAUAUGGAGGCGUUUGAGGAGCAAUUUAAGACCAAGGCCCAGGGUCCUCCUGCAGCUCUGUCCACUCUUAAGGUCAAGGUGGCCCAGAAGGCCCCCAGCAAGGUCAGCCUGAUCGAGGGCAACAAGGCCAAGAACCUGGCCAUCACGCUACGCAAGGGAGGCAGGAGCCCCGCAGACAUCUGCACAGCUAUAGAGACGUAUGACCAGCAGGCGUUGGGGCUGGACUUCCUGGAGCUGCUGGAGAGGUUUGUCCCGUCAGACUACGAGCUGAAGCUCCUCCAGAACUAUGAGAAGGAGGGCCGUCCGCUGGAUGAUCUGGCAGAGGAGGACCGCUUCAUGAUGCGCUUUGGGAAGAUCCCCCGUCUGGCCCAGCGAAUCAGCACCCUCACCUUCAUGGGCAACUUCCCCGAGAGCGUCAAACGUCUGCAGCCGCAACUGGACUCCAUGAUCGCAGCAUCCAUGUCCAUUAAGUCCUCGGCCAAGCUGAAGAAGAUGUUAGAGAUCAUCCUAGCCUUUGGGAACUACAUGAACAGCAGUAAGAGGGGUGCAGCCUAUGGGUUCCGCCUGCAGAGUCUGGACCUGCUGCUGGACACCAAGUCUACAGACCGCUCCCAGACCCUGCUACACUUCAUCUCCAGCAUCGUCCAGGAGAAAUACCCUGAACUCAACAACUUCCACACUGAGCUGCAAUUUGUGGACAAGGCUGGCCUAGUAUCUCUGGACAGUAUUCUUCAGGAUAUCCGCUCUCUGGAGAGAGGAAUGGAAGUGACCAAGAAGGAGUUCCUGGUGCAGGAAGACAACACAGUGCUGAAGGACUUUGUCAAGAGAAACAGUGAAUUACUGGACUCAUUACUCAAAGACAGCAAGACCGCUCAGGAGGCGUAUGGCUCGGUGGUGGAGUAUUUUGGAGAGAACCCCAAGACCACACAACCCUCCAUGUUUUUCCCUCCAUUUGUCCGCUUCAUGAAGGCCUAUAAGCAAGCAGAGAAGGAUAAUGAACAGAAGAAGAGACUGGAGGCCCAGAGCAGUGAGAAACAAGCAGAGUCUCCCUCCCCUAGAAAGAAAGAGGCUGCAGGACACAAGUCUCCCAUGAUGCCCAAGAUGGACCUGAUAGCGGAGCUGAAGAAGAGGCAGGUGAAGCCUCAGGUGAAGGAUGGGGCCCUGGAGGACAUCAUCACAGACCUGAGGAACUCACCGUUCAGAGCAACAGAUGGACGGAGACCAGCACAGCGUCAAGACACCUGAACAACCCCAGCUCCACUGAGAUGGCUGUACACACUCAAUGUCAAAGUGUAUGCAUACACAGAACACAAAUACCUACCUGUACUGUACUGUACAUACACAAUACACCUACAUUAGUACAGACGAUUAUAUGGCCUUUUGCCUACCAAUACACAUUUAAACAACAGUAUGAAUUAACUCUGUAAAUAGAACAGAGUUUAAGCUAUACGUCAUGAGCAAAUGUGUGACAUAGAAAAACAUUGAUGCGUUUUUAUCCAUUUAGCUUUUUAAAAUAACUUUGAAUUUUUUGUUUCCGUUCAUCUUUUAAUGAGCACAUUUUUUUUAAAUUAAAAAAACAAGUUUCACAUUGCUGUAUCACUCCAAAUUCAUGACUCAAGUGCUUGCUUACCCUAGAGUGGGUCCGUGACCUGCCAAGCCAUUAGAAAGUCUAUGUGCCCUGUAAUCAUAUCAGAGUGUUCACGUUAUGCCUGUACAUGAGACAUCCUCCUAGCCCCAGGGAAGAUGAACGGAGAUCCUUCCAUACCCAGUUGACAAUACUACAAUGACCCAUCUGAGGGCCGCCGCUGGACCUGCCGCAGGGCAUCCACCUACUGACAUGAUACGUUAUUGAUCCCAAAAGGGAGAGAAGAUCAACUUACUGUCUACGAUAAAGCGAAACCCGGACUCCGACUGUACAAGAGAGCUGCACUUUAUUAGACACACAACCACAGCAAGUAUGUACAAAAGGAAGCAGGUUCAACUGCCGGUCUUCUCACAGAAAGGGAAAAAAAAAAAUCACAUUUCUCACAGAACAUCAUGGCAUCCACACUGAUAAAUGAGAAUGUCCAGUAUCAGUAGGUAUUUAUAUUUAUAUAGAUCAAUUUUUUUGUGUAUUGUUCAUUAUGUCACACUACUCUACAAGUGGGAGAUCAAAAUUGGUGGUGUUUUCUGGUGAAGGUGCGUUGAAGCGUUCCGGAUCAUUCUGGAUGGUUGGGAACACUCCUCACUCUUAGCCAUCAUCACCGUUGCAUCACUGAACACAGUAAGACUGAACAUCGCCUGUGUCACAGAAAGAUCCAAAGUAAAAAAAA